AUGUUGCUUGAGUUCUUUGCACUUGGUAUUCUGGCCUGUUCCGCACUUGGACAAGGUAUUCUAACUCCGCAGGAGCUAGUAAAUGCACUGCCUAAGCCUGCUGAUCUCUUCGACUUUAAAAUACCAGGGAGCGGCAAUGUGCAUGGCGCAAAGGGCCAAAAAGGCGCAGAAAUGGGAAUGAGUGAUCAAAUAAGACCGGAAUCGAGCAAAGGAGCAGCUACCAAACCUCCUGGUUCCGAAUCUCGCGUACCAGGUAAAAUGCACUACGUUUCUGCCUACCUCUUCGCCCUUGCUGGUGGAAGUGAACUGCCCAAGCUUGAAGAUUUGGAAAACAUCCUCGGAGCUGUCGGAGUUGACAUCGAUGUUGAAGCAGCCAAGCUUGUCAUUUCACGCCUAGAGGGCACGUCUAUUGGCGAGGUUAUUACUUAA